AUGGCUCACGACCACCACCAUCAAAGCAAUUCACCAUACACACAGACACUCGACGAGCUAGAUUUCAUGCGAUCAAUACACAACGCAUGCAUCGAGGGAGCAGCCGAAAAAGUACGAAAUAUAAUAGUUAAGAAGGGGAGUCAUGUUGUUAAUGAGCGGGACAGCACCGGAUAUACUCCGUUGGAUAUUGAUGGCCAAACACCUCUCCACAAAGCAUGCGAAAAGGGAUACACAGACAUAGCAGUAAUGCUAGUGAAAAGAGAUAGAUCAUUAUUGGAAAUUAAAGAUAAUAAGGGAAGGACGCCGACCGAGUGUUGUGCGAGGGAGGAAAUGAAAACAAUUGUCUUCAAAGUCGGAAGUGAGAAGAGUUAA